UUUUUCGUCUGUUAAAAUGAGUUUUUUGUGGAAGCUCGUGAAAUAUUUCUCCGGUUCUUCCGACCCCAAGAGUCCCGCCGGGGGGGACUUUCAGCUGGAGAGAGACCGGUCGCUGAGCCAAGUGGCAUCGCCGCGUCCCUGGCAAAAUUUGAGAAACGAACUGCAUCUGGCCGCCCUGGAGGAGGGGGGGAAGGUGCGCUUAACCCUCAGACAGACCAGGCGGCUGAUCAGGAAAACCAGCUCUCUGUGGCGCACAAUGUCGGAGGAGACAAAGCGCAAGUACAACGAUCUGGCCAAGAACUCGGCAAAGACUCGAGUUCCGGGGCUGACAGUGCAGAAGCUAGUGCAGCAGAAACUCGCCCAGACAGCUGCCAGUGCAGGGAACAUUACUCUGGAAGAACCCAUGAUGGAUGGUAUUUCUGACUAUCCACGGGCUAUCCAACGGCGGAGACCACCUACCCCUUACCCCUCGACUACGAGCAUCGUUGACGAGGACUUGGAACAACCGGUGAACCGGAAGCGAAGCGACGAAUUUGAUGGCGAUUCCGACGACUCCACGACUUCCCUCCAUCCUCCCGAACGAAAGCGUCCUCGUGUGGAAUAGAUGUUCAACUAUUCCCAUAGAUCCUUCUGUCCAUCAUCGCCUAACAAAUCACAUUUAAAUCAGGGACUAAAUUUAAUAUUUAAAGAUUUUCGGCCGCACAUUGGUUUUGGUAAAAUUAACUGAACGGAAACUCUACAACAUACGUAAAUAUUUUUGUGCUAGUGGUUGAAGCCCCAUUUGUCAAAAUUACAUGAAAUGUUCGAAAAUCCGUUA